GGAUAUGAGGGAGUGAUGGAAAGAAAGAAGGAGGGAGGAAGGGACUCAGUAUUUUGCAAGAGAGGAAAUGCAGCCGCCGCCAAGCUGUGCUGGAAAUCAUUAAAAGUCUUGCCUGGCUGGAUAGCAGAGAGAGAAGCCCAUUCAGUCUCCCAGCUUUGCUUUCCCUGACCUUCGGGCGCCUGCAUCCAGCACAAGGAUCUCUGUGCAUUCCCUAUGUGCCUCCAGCUUGCCAGAUCGGCAGGAUAAUCCUAGUUCCUACUCACAGCUUCGUACCAAGUCUGAAGAGAAUUGAACAUUUUAUUCAUCGUAUUGCAAUUAUAACACUGGAACGCUCCUGGAUGCCUUCUUGCCAAAGACACGUUAUUCUUCAUAUACAAGCGUAGUCUUGCCAAUUCCAUUUAUGUCUGCUUUUCCCUUUGCAGAUCGGUAGGAUAAUCUUAGUUCCUGCUCACAGCUUUGUACCAAGUCUGAAGAGAAUUAAACAUUUUAUUAAUCGUAUUGCAAUCAUAACACUGGAACGCUCCUGGAUGCCUUCUUGCCAAAGACACGUGCUAAAGAGGUGGCCAUCUAUUUUAACUGAAUUAAAACUUGCCAUUCCAAGUGGUUUUGGAUAGCUAUAUCACUUUAUCCAUGACGAAGAGUACCCAGGAUAACCCUUUGAAGUAGUACCAUGUGGAGAAAAAGAGAAAUGCACAGUUCCACUAAUUGCUUUUGUAGGACACAGAUGUAGAGAAGUUUAACUGCAUGAAGGUUUUAUGGGCAUCUUUUUAAAAUUAAGUGUAUGUAGUUGAUCAUCAAGUCCAAUAAGAAAGUAUAACGUGGACACUAGCUAGGACCUUUGAUUUGUCUAUAGAAUGGGGUAUUUAAAGGCACUAAAGCAUUUACUGGAACCAUCCAAUGAACACUGAACUGAGACAUGUGAGUCCCCUGUUCCACACAUCUAUAAAGAGAAAAAGACUUUAUUCUUUUGAGAGGACACAUAUUAAUUUUUUCAAUAAGAUUUCUGCACUCAACACAUAUUAAUCAGAGUGAUCUCAGCAUCUGAAGACUCACCAUUUCCUCAAGAAGAUGCCCUGAACAAUAAAAGAAGAAUCUCGCUACGAGUGGCCGCAAAGCUUUUUUCAAUUGUGGAUUUUGGUGGCAGGACCUUCUCCCUUUUCCCCUUGUCCUAGUACUUCUAAGAGUACUAAAAAGGACCAAUGGAGUCCCUUUGUAAAUCAACAGCAUGGCUUAGAGAUGAGUUGGUCUCUGUGUCGCAAAAUCUUCGUAUUUUAGACUGUCGUGCACGGGAACUCUAUGAUUCUUCACACGUAGAGAAAGCUUUGCACGUGGCUUUGCCUGGUUUGAUGCUACGGCGGCUGCGCAAGGGCAAUCUGUCAGCUCACUCUCUGCUUCCAGGGUCCCCUCCUACUGUAAGGGGUGUGGCCCUUUUGUAUGAUGAGUGCACAUCCAGCCUUGAAAGUCUUGAAGCAAAUCAUGGGGAUGAGCAAGAACCCAUUCUUGUAAUGCUUCUGCAUAAGCUUAGGAAGGAAGGAUGCCAAGCUUAUUACCUUCAAGGUGGGUUCAGUAAAUUUCAAGCUGAGUUUCCUCACCAUUGUGAAACCAAUCUUGACUGCACAAAUUGUGCCAGCAACUCACCCUUGCCUACAACCCCAGUGCUGGGACUUGGAGGGUUGUCCAUCACUUCUGACUGCUCAGACUUCGAAUCAGACCUUGACAGGGAGCCUUUGAGUGGGGUGGAUUCUGAAGGCAUGAGCCCACGUAACCAGGCACCUUCUUUCCCUGUGCAAAUCCUUCCACACCUUUACUUGGGCAGCGCAAGGGAUUCUGGGAACAUUGACACAUUGGCUAAACUUGGCAUUCGCUAUAUCCUUAACGUCACCCCAAAUCUCCCUAAUAUCUUUGAGAAGGAUGGAGAGUUUCACUACAAGCAGAUUCCUAUAUCAGACCACUGGAGCCAAAACUUGUCCCAGUUUUUUCCAGAAGCCAUUGAGUUUAUUGAUGAGGCAGCGUCCCACAAUUGCGGGGUACUCGUGCACUGUUUGGCUGGAAUCAGCAGAUCUGUCACUGUCACUGUGGCCUACCUCAUGCAGAAGCUCAACCUGUCUCUGAAUGAUGCCUACGACUUUGUUAAGAGGAAAAAGACGAACAUCUCGCCCAAUUUUAACUUUAUGGGACAAUUGUUGGACUUUGAGAAGAGUCUGGGCCUUAGCAGUCCAGAAGAUAAUCGACCUCCUGGUCACUCUUUUUUCACUAGCCCAUCCAGUGACGAGGUCUUUGAGUUGGACUCUUUGGACUCAACGUAGUAAACCAUAUAUUUUUUUUCUCCCUUAUCAUAUUCAUUUUGGAUACUGCAUAUCUAAUUGUCUAUUAUUUGAGCGUAAACAGCUUUUUCAGUAAAAACUAUUAACGCUUAGGUGUUACUUUUGGUAGACCUUAAACAUGAACAAGAAUGAACGAGGGCUGAUCCUCGACUCCUCAUCAAUCACAGAAUCUGCAGUAAUUUUACUGUGAAAUUUUAAAGUGUCCGAAUAUUUGUUGGAUGCAAGGUGGUGUUGACAACAUAGUGCUCCAGUUCUUAAAGGGAAAUAAUAUAUCAUCCUGUUUUGUGUGCUGUUGCAGUAUUAGACUUUUAGAACCUUCUGCUGAGCCGCACAACCUUAGACUAAGGACCUUAGUUAGGAGGCAAGUCCGUAUUAUCUUUGUGUGCAGCAACAAAUGUCAGUGUUGUUCUAUGACCUGUUUCCUUUUGAGAUGAAAAAGAGAGCACCAGAUGGUCCAAAUAAGGUAUACUCAACUGAAAGUAGGAGCUUAAACCAGGAUCCUGCAUCUUUCAAACAUAUCACGACGAGGGCUGACUCACUUGUUUUGCUUGACUGGAAUGAGAAAUUCUGCAAGUGGAAUCUAGAAUACUGCAGGAUGUGCCGAGGGAUUUCCAUCUGGAACCCAAUGGAUCAGUUUCAAUGUACAGGAUGAUUCAGAUCUGCAUGUGCUGGCCGAGAACAUAUAAAGCCAUGUUUUUCUCUUAACUCUUAUUUUUUUUUUUUUGUAUUUUACUAGAAGGCAGACUGCAUGUCUCAGUGGUCUUUGCCACCAAGGCAGUUUAUCAUUUUUAUGCUGUCGCUCUUCCCAAACUGGGAGUGAUAAAUAUUAUGAAAAAACUCAACUCAGGAUUUCUCACAGUAUAAGAGAUACAGAGCUGGUGCGGUUUAACAAACAGCUACAUGGUUUGUGCAAUCAUGUAUUAUAUUUAGUAUUACUCGGCUCUGGACUUAUACAGACCAGUGAGAAGAAUACCACUAAACAGUGUUAAACAUAUGGUUGCGGGUUUGUCUUCUCCAUUCCACCAGUAUUGCCAUUUACUGCCUGUUACAGAGUACACAUCUAUGCACACUUGGAGAUUGUAAACCUGUACAAAUGGUGCUCCAUAAGAUGAUAUAUGGAAUACCAAAUGUUUCCUUUGCAGGAACCAAGACAGUAGGGGUCAUUUAAUCUUGCCCUUAGUGUUUAUUUGGGUUGGACUUGCAGCAGGUGUAUUGUUCUGCUCUCAGGAUGGGAAAUAGGGGUAGGCAGAAGAGGCACUUUCCUACAACACAGUGGUGAGAUGGGCUCUGCACGUCAUGUCAAAUUAAAAAUCCAAGAAUCCAGCAUUAAGGUGCAGUGGCUGUGGAUGCAACGCAGCCCUGCUAUUAACGUCUGCCAUAGGGCAGAUGGUAAGUACAGGGCUCUUUUGCAGGCUGCACCUGUAGGAGCUACCUGACUCAAGUGUCUAAAUGACAUGCAAGUUAGGGGUGAAAGGAAGAAUGUCCCCUUGUCUCAUGAAUAUAGCUGUACCAAAAACAAGCAGAGAUAUAUUCAUAUGGGUGGAAGUCAGUAACGAAACUAGAGUUGCUUGUGACUGGGCGCAGGAUUUCCACUUGGGCCUCACCUACCAUCUAGACUGGCCCUCUCAACCUUCAGGACUGGCACAUUACAGAUGGCCAUUUCUGGACGGCUCCUAUCUACCCUCUGGAUACGCGCCUGUGCGAGUACCUUCCCUUCACAAUCCUUGCCCCACUCAGUCUUGCAGUUAGUAAAUGACCCCUAGUGUCUCUUAAUCCCAUUUGCCUUUUCUGAAUCAGUAAAUAUGACAUUGCCUUUUAAAGGCUUAGUAGGUAAAACCUUUUGCCCAUAUUUGGGAAUAACCACAGAUUAACCAAAGGCAGCUAUGGCUUAGCACUUCAGAACAUCAUUCUACUAAAAUGAGACCAUUAUCUCACAGACUUUGUUGCAGUUCUCAAACUGAAGAGCAUUUAGUAUUAGAAACAUUUCUUAUAGGUGCUGAGCAUUCUCUAUAAACCCAUGGUCAGACUUCCAACCAACAGUCAGCAGGUUCGAACGAGAUGAUGAAUGUUGAAUCUUAUUUACAAUAAAUGUAGAUAUGUGAAUACCCUUUUAAGAAGUG